AUGGCAGCAAACGAGAAGCACGAGCCCGUCACCUUCGGCGCCACGGUCCAGCGCUCCCCCAGCCCAUUAAGCAGCCUGCCUCCGCCUUCGCAGCCGCUACGCUCGCCGCCCUCGCACGAUUCAAAUAUGUCGUCUGCCACCGCCGACGCUGACCUCGCCAAGAAGGAGUGGGCGGCCGACCCCUCCAACCCCUACUCGGCCUUUUACAAGCACCCGGAGGCCCUCCGCGAGACGCGUCACUCCCUCAACGACACGGCCCUCCAGAGCAAGACACACCUCGGCGUCGCCGUCCACGAACACGACCUCGAGGGCGGCGUGCCCCUCUCCGUCGCCUCCACACAGCAGCCCUCCAAGCACUCGGUCGAUGGCCGCGUCAAGGAGUGCACCAUGUGGCCCACGAGGCAGGCUGUGCUGGACAAGCGGAAGUCGUACAAGCGCAAGCGUGGCUGUGCCUUCUUCCGGAACAUGACCAGCAAACAGAGACUGUGGGCUAAGAUCGUCAUCGCUCUUCUCGUCGUCGCCGCUGCCGUUGGCCUCGGUGUCGGCAUCUCAAGGGCUGUCGGCGGCGGUGUCUGGGCUGGCGACGGCCGCUCCAAGGAGAUCCCAAAUGGCCACACAACAUCUUGA